AUUCAUGUGUUAUGAAUUUACAGAAUGAUUCUGUUAUUGCUUUCUGCUAAAUCUGCUUUUUCUAUUCUAUAAAAUCAGGUUCUUUUAACAGUGUAGGUUUAGUCUGAUGCAUGGUCCCAUACGACGUUAUGUGUAUACAGGUAUGGAUCAACCGCAUUACGGUCUUCAGAGUGCACUUUCAAGUUAAGAGGUGAUCUCCAAGCAGUUGGCAGUCUACAACAGAGUUCAAGCGCAUAUCCAAUCAGAUCACAAUAGAAAUACGUGUCUGCAACCAAAAUAACGUAUUUUCGGUUUACAGUAGAACGGUCGUCGGGCUCUGGUAGAUUACUAACUGGAGUCCGAUGCAUGCUGCCAUUAACUGGCCUGUACUGAUCAACACAAUCAAGGUCUUUGCAUUGCAAUUUAUUGAGGUAAUCAAUAAAAAGCAAUUGAAACUUGAUUGCAACAAGACUCAAAACAUAAAAUCAAUCAGAGCAGAAAAGAUACACAUUUCUGCAACCGAAAUAACUGAUAUGACGUUUACAUUAGACCCAAGGAAAUCCGGCUGUGUUCUAGAGAGCUUGGUGAAAUGUAGUAAGUGAAGUCAUGCAAUGGCAAGUAUGGAUCGUCAGAAUCAAGAUCUUCAGAGUGCAGUAUCGCGAAAUGAUCUUCAAGCGAUCAAAGGCCUAUUACAACAAGGUUCUGACGCAAACCAAUUAGAUAAAAAUGGAAACACUCCAUUACACAUGGCCGCACAACGUGGGAAGAAAGAUAUCGUGGAGUUUCUGAUUGAACACGGUGGUGAUGUAGAAAAGGAGAAUGAAGAUGGACAGACACCCUUACAUCUUGCUGCAUUAUAUGGAAACAUUGAAGCAACAAAAGUAAUACUUAGCCAUGGUGGAAAUGUGAACAAAGAGGAUUACACAGGCUACAGUGCAUUACUCAACAGCGUAAGGAAUGGUCACAAGGAUGUAGUGAGAUACUUCCUCAGUCAAGGCACCAGUGUGAAUAAGGUCAAUAGUGAAGGAUGGACUCCCUUGUAUAUCGCUGCCGGUUUUGGCAAGAUUGACAUGUUGAAAUACUUGAUCAGAGAAGGAGCCGAUGUACAUUGUACACAUGAAAACAAUUUAUUGCCAUUGGCAAACGCUUCAUCAUUUGGUCAUGGAAACAAUUAUUUGCCAUUAGAAAACGCUUCGUCGUUUGGUCAUGUAGAGGUAGUGAAGUAUCUUGUAAGUCGAGGAGCUGAAGUGAAUAAAGGAGAGGAUGAUGGUUGGACUGCAUUACACAGUGCUGCUCAAGAAGGUCAUCUGGAAACAUGUGAAUAUCUGAUCAGUCAAGGAGCUGAGGUGAAUAAAGGAAAGAAUGAUGGUGGGACUGCAUUACACAGUGCUGCUCAGAAUGGUCAUCUUGAUGUAACCAGAUAUUUGAUAAAUCAAGGAGCUGAGGUGAAUAGGGUUGAUAGUAAUAGUUUCAGUGCAUUGUGUGGUUCUGCUUUCAAUGGUCAUAUUGAGGUCGCAAAAUAUCUGAUUAGUCAGGGAGCUGAGGUGAAUAAGGGAGAUAAUGAGGGCACGACUCCUUUAUAUGUUGCUGCUCAAGAAGGUCAUCUGGAUACAUGUGAAUAUCUGAUCAGUCAAGGAGCUGAGGUGAAUAAGGGAGAUAAUGAGGGCACGACUCCUUUAUGUGUUGCUGCUCAAGAAGGUCAUCUGGAUACAUGUGAAUAUCUGAUCUGUCAAGGAGCUGAGGUGAAUAAGGGAGAUAAUGAGGGCACGACUCCUUUAUAUGUUGCUGCUCAAGAAGGACAUCUGAAAACAUGUGAAUAUCUGAUCAGUCAAGGAGCUGAGGUGAAUAAAGGAAGGAAUGAUGUGAAUAAAGGAAGGAAUGAUGGAUGGACUGCAUUGCACAUUGCUGCUGAGAAUGGUCACCUUGAUGUAACCAGAUAUUUGAUAAAUCAAGGAGCUGAGGUGAAUAGGGUUGAUGAUAAUGGUUACAGUGCAUUGCGUGAAUCUGCUUUCAAUGGUCAUGUUGAGGUCAUCAAAUAUUUGAUUAGUCAGGGAGCUGAGGUAAAUAAGGAAGAAAAUGAGGGCUGGACUCCAUUACAUCUUGCUGCUCACGAAGGCCAUCUGAAAACAUGUGAAUAUCUGAUCAGUCAAGGAGCUGAGGUGAAUAAAGGAAGGAAUGAUGGUGGGACUGCAUUACACAUUGCUGCUCAGAACGGUCACCUUGAUGUAACCAGAUAUUUGAUAAAUCAAGGAGCCGAGGUGAAUAGGGUUGAUAGUAAAGGUUACAGUACAUUGCAUGGUUCUGCUUUCAAUGGUCAUAUUGAAGUCACCAAAUAUCUGAUUAGUCAGGGAGCUGAGGUGAAUAAGGGAGAUAAUGAGGGUUGGACUCCAUUACAUCUUGCUGCUCAAGAAGGCCAUCUGAAAACAUGUGAAUAUCUGAUCAGUCAAGGAGCUGAGGUGAAUAAAGGAAAGAAUGAUGGUGGGACUGCAUUGCACAGUGCUGCUCAGAAGGGUCACCUUGAUGUAACCAGAUAUUUGAUAAAUCAAGGAGCCGAGGUGAAUAGGGUUGAUAGUAAUGGUUACAGUGCAUUGCGUACUUCUGCUUUCAAUGGUCAUAAUGAGGUCAUCAAAUAUUUGAUUAGUCUGGGAGCUGAGGUGAAUAAAGGAGGGGAUUAUGGUUUGAACCCUUUGCACUAUGCUGCUCAGGAGGGUCAUCUUGGUACCUGCAAUUAUCUGCUCAGUCAAGGAGCUGAGGUUAAAAACGGAGAUGAUAAUGGCUGGAAUCUGUUCAAUGCUGCUUCCGAUGGUUAUACAUCCAUUGUCAAAUAUCUCAUCAGUCAAGGAGCAGAGGUCAAUAAGGAAGAUUCGAAGGAUUGUACCCCGUUACAUUACGCUGCUAAAGCAGAUCAUCUUGGCACCUGCAAUUAUCUGCUCAGCCAAGGAGCUGGGGUAAAAAACGGAGAUAGUGACGGAUGGUCUCUGUUUAGUGCUUCUUCCUGCAGUCAUAUAUUCAUCGCCCAAUAUCUGAUCAGUCAAGGCGCCGAGGUUAAUAAGGGAGAUAGUGAUGGCCGCACUCCAAUACAGGUUGCUGCUCAAGAAGGUCAUCUUGAUAUGUGCGAUUAUCUGAUCAGUGAAGGAGCUGAGGUUCUCGAGGGGGAUGACGAUGGUUGGACCCUCUGUAAUGCUGCCCUUAACGGUCACCAAUUCAUUACCAAAUAUUUGAUCAAUCAAGGUGCAAAGGUGAAUGAUAGAUAUAGCAAUGAUCGAACUGCGUUACACAUUGCUGCUCAGAAUGACCAUCUUGAAGUCACCAAUUGUCUCAUAAGGCAUGAGGCAGAUGUCAAUACGACCGAUAACCAGGGCAGGACCCCCUUGCAUGUUGCUGUUGAAGGCGGCCAUUUUGAAACAUGCGAGUAUCUGAUUGUUCAAGGAGCUGAGGUUAAUUAUGCUGAUAAUAAGGGCUGCACAGCUUUACAUCUUGCUGUUGAAAAUGGCAAUCUCGAUAUCACCAUGCAUUUGCUUCGUCAAGGAGCUAAGGUUAACAAAGACAAUAACCAGGGUGAUACACCAUUACACAGUGCCGUUAAACAAGGUUUCUUCGAGCUUGUUCAAGUUCUACUUUCAGGGGGAGCAUAUUGUUUUUUUUGA